UCAAAACUAUAAGAUGUAUCUCUACCGUCUUAAACUGUGGCCUGUGUUUCUAAUUGGAUUCGGAAUUGGCUUUCUCCUUGCCUUGAUCUUAUUUGCUGCUCAAGAUUUAUUUAACAAUAUUUCCAUUUGUCAGAAAUCAUCAUUAAAUUUGUACUCUACAAACAGAAAUGAUCUUAAAUGGUUCAUGUCUGAUACAUGGAUCAAGCGAGAGAUUACUAUACAGAGUUGGAAAGAUUCUACAAACAUGACAUAUAGUAAAUGGUUGAGUAAUAGAAAACUGAGGUCAAAAAAUAUUGAUAUGGAUACUUAUCUUUAUGGUCCUGAAAGUAGGGAAGAAUUAGAAGCAGAGUGGUUGAAGUCAAAUAUUCAUAUCACUUGUAUUGUAUUUGUAAAAAAAGUUAAAUUGGCUAGAUCUAUCCAGGAUACUUGGGGAAAACACUGUAACAAGAUAUAUUUCUUUGGUCAAGUGAAAGAUCCUAAAAUGCCUAUUAUAAAUUUUGAUACAAAAUUAGUAUCUUCAUGGCAACUUUUAUGUGAAGCCUUCAGGUAUGUGUGGAAGAGCAGUGAAACUUUAGAAUGGCUUAUCUUUGUAAAAGAUGACACAUUAGUGGUUCUUGAAAAUUUGCGGUACAUGCUUGGUCCAUUAAAUCACACUCAGGAUCAUUAUUUGGGUCAUGCAGUUACUCUCUGGGGUCAACCUUAUAAUGUAGCUGAUGCUGGAUAUGUAAUUAGCGCGGGAGUGCUUAGGAAGCUAAUUAAAAUGUUUGAUAACUCAGAAAAAUGUAUAAUCAGUGGCAAAUAUUGGAAACAGGAAGAUUAUUAUCUCGCUAAACAUUUGGCUUCUAUGGGAAUUUAUCCUUCUGAUACAAGGGACCAGUAUUUAAGGGGAACCUUUCAUGGAUACUCUUUGCAAUCUUUAUUAUGGGGUAUUGUUAAGACUGGUGUUUAUUGGACUCGUGCAUUAUACCCAGUAAAAAACGAAUGCUGCUCAUUUAUAUCUGUUACUUUUAAUGUAGGAGAAACAGAAAAAAUGCACACAUUGAAUUAUUUACUAUAUCAUUUUCAUGUCUUAAAGAGGAAAGCUGUUUUUGGAAGUAGAAAAGCAGCAAUAUCCAUAUCCGACAAGGAUGUUUGGAGAGUCGCGUUGGAAGACGAGUUUAAUAUUACAAAUUUAAAUAACAUUUCUAGCGAGAUGUACUAUGAAAUAUGGCAUGCAAAAUAUUCUGAACCAGGACAAUUAAUUAGUAAAAAUUAUCAGGCUAAUGAUUAAGAUAAAUUUAAAUAAAUCAUCCAUAUAUGAUUUUUAUAUGUUUUAUACUGACUGAAGAUUUUUUAACGAUAUUUUAUAUCAAGUAAUAUCAUAUUUUAAUAAUUUUAAAGUACAACAAUGUUGUCUAUGUUAGAUAGUUUAAUAAUUGUUGAAAUUGUUCGAAACUGAUUGUGAAUAAACAUUGAAUUUUUAUAGAAUGACGUUGUUAAAAACUUGAAAUGGUUAUCAGGUUUUACAGUUUAUUAAUGAGUUAUAUUGAUAUGACAAAUAUGGGAACGACGGAGUAGCGUUGUUUGAUAACUGUUUCCCUUGUUACGCCAUUGUUGCCUUAUCUGACUAAUUAAGAACUCAUUAACGCUUGUAAUGACCUCGGUAAUCAAAUCACAACUCUAAUUUUAAAUAUAUGUCAAGAAUACUGGAACGAUGCAUCCUCAUGCUUUUCUAUGUGAAUGAUCUAUCUCUGGCUAAUGAAGAUGGAUAUACAAAGUGUUCUAAAGAAUUAUUUUUAACUGUAAUUGAACUAUUAGAGUACCUGAUAAUAUACAUAUAUAUAUAUAUAUACAUUUUAAUGCUUAUUUUCAUUUGAUAAUUAUCAUGUAAAUCAUUUAAUUUUGUAACAAUAAAUGUGUAAUUUUUCAAAA